CCAUCAUCUCGGCUCUCUUUCAACUUCGUUCGCAAGAAGCUCAGAACAGAAGCCAUCAAAAGUGGGGAGAGGCUGCGAGAGGGAAGCGAGGAGAGAGAGAGGGUGAGGGUAAGGGGAGGCGCCGACGCCGAGUUCUUGCUCCAUCCCGCAUCCGCCGCCGUCGCCGACACGAUGUUUCUCACGAGGACGGAGUACGACCGCGGGGUGAACACCUUCUCGCCGGAGGGGCGGCUGUUCCAGGUCGAGUACGCCAUCGAGGCCAUCAAGUUGGGAUCCACUGCGAUCGGGUUGAAGACAAAGGAUGGUGUUGUCCUCGCUGUUGAGAAACGUGUGACCUCGCCACUGCUGGAACCAAGCAGUGUGGAAAAAAUCAUGGAAAUUGAUGAGCACAUAGGCUGUGCCAUGAGUGGACUUAUUGCUGAUGCUAGAACACUAGUUGAGCAUGCUCGUGUUGAAACUCAGAAUCAUAGAUUCUCGUACGGGGAGCCAAUGACCGUAGAAUCUUCGACACAAGCUAUCUGUGACUUAGCUCUGCGCUUUGGUGAAGGUGACGAAGAGUCAAUGUCACGGCCAUUUGGAGUCUCUCUCCUAAUUGCUGGACAUGAUGAGAAUGGACCUAGCCUGUACUACACUGACCCAUCUGGUACCUUUUGGCAAUGCAACGCAAAGGCAAUUGGAUCAGGCUCUGAGGGAGCUGAUAGCUCCUUGCAGGAGCAGUACAACAAGGAAUUGACCCUCGAGGAGGCAGAGACGAUAGCCCUUUCUAUCCUGAAGCAGGUUAUGGAAGAGAAGGUGACCCCAAACAACGUCGAUAUAGCCAAGGUUGCCCCCAAGUACCACCUCUACACCCCUGCCGAGGUCGAAGCUGUUAUCGCGAGGCUGUGAAGUGCUUCCGAGCUCACGCCAUCAGUCGGUAAUAGACAAUCCUUGUACGAAACGUGGACAUCUUGGUUCUUGAUUAUGGCUGUCAUCGUACUCUGUUGUAACUCCACAAGGACAGUCGAUGGUAGUUUGAUUCGCAGCUCAGCCGGCUCAGUUGUCUGUUUCUAGUAGCGUUGAGCGUUGAGAACAUUGUAUUGCCAGAAACAAAGUACACUUAUUUUUCUUUACUGUUUCGCCUUCCGUUUUGUGGGCAAUUAGCUGAUGCUCGUGAUGUGAUUGCGCCUGGAA